AUGUCCUCAACCGUUUCUAAGAGUUAUAAUUCUGGUGCUGAUCCUAUUGUGAAGUACUGCUCUGAGCAUACAUGUAAGUUACAUCCCCUCCAAAUUGAGCUACAGAACCAUACCCUUCGUCAUGUUGAAAUGAGCCAAAUGCUCGGAGCCCCUGAGGUCCUAACAGUUGGACAUAACUUCAUUCAAUUAAUUGGUGCUAAGAAGUGUCUGGAUAUCGGAACAUACACUGGAGCUUCUGCUCUAGCUUGGGCACUCGCUCUUGGCAAUGAUGGAAAGGUUUUCACUUUUGACCUCGAUCUCAAGAACUAUAAGGAGCAUGGAUUGAAAAUUAUCCAAAAAGCUCCAGAAGUUCAAAAGAAAAUCACAGCGGUGGAAGGUGCAGCUUUGAAGUCUCUUGAUGAUUUGAUUGCGAAUGGAGCUUCAGGCACUUUCGAUUUCGCUUUUAUUGAUGCUGAUAAGCGUAAUUAUACCAAUUAUUACGAUCGCUGCGUCACUUUGCUCCGGACAGGAGGAGUUAUUUUGGUUGACAACUCUCUCUGGGGCGGUAUUGUUGCUACGGGAUACUCCAAGGAAGAUACGACUUCGGCUGCUAUCGAUGAAACCAACAAUAAGAUCUUCAAGGAUACCAAAACGAACUCAGCUCUUCUCAACUGUGGAGAUGGGCUUCAUAUUGCUUUCAAGAAAUAA